AUGAUUCCACAAGUAGUGGCUAAUGAGACCAUCACACUGAUUUCACCAAAUAGAACCAACUUUCCCCAGACAGACAAACUCCAGCCUACCGUGAAGAGGCAAGUCAGCCUGAAGAAACAUCUAAAGGCAGAGAUCAAAGUGAUGGCGGCAAUCCAGAUCAUGAGUGCUGUGAUGGUGUUGGGUCUGGGAAUCAUUUUGGCAUCUGUUCCUCCUGUCCUACAUUUUACCUCAGUGUUUUCUGUCCUGUUAAAAUCUGGAUACCCAUUUAUAGGACCUUUGUUUUUUAUUAUCUCUGGAAUUUUGUCCAUCAUUACAGAGAGAAAGUCAACAAAUCCUUUGGUAGAUGGCAGCCUGACUCUGAACAUCCUGAGUGUUUCAUUUGCUUUCAUGGGCAUCAUUAUCAUCUCUGUCAGCCUGGCUGGUUUGCAUCCUGCCUCAGAGCAGUGCAAGCUGAGCAAGGACCCUAGACCAACUGGACAUCAUUACUACCACUUUUCCUAUGACUCUGACAGGAAUGAGUGCUCUGUCACCAACUCUGUUCUGGCUGGAGCCCUUACAGUGAUGCUGAUCAACACCCUGUUGGAGCUUGUUCUGGCUGGACUCUCUGUAAUGCUGUGGUCAAAAGAAGGUGCUUUGACUUCCCUUAGGUGA